UGUGCAAUUUUUACACAAAUGUGAGCUGCCCGGUGUCACGCCACAAUAUAUCGUAUAUUUUCAACUAUUUAUAUUUAUUAAUUGAAAUUGAUCAUUUAGUGCCUUUGAGACUACUAUUGGACAAUAAAGUAUGGAAAGGCGGUGACGGUGUCAUAUCUAUAGUACUGGCUACAAAUAAAUCUGGAUAUUUAUUAUAAACGCAUUGUGGAUUCGUCCAGGGAUGGUGUUAGGUCUGCUCUCUCCUUCCCACCCUUGGAGACUGAGCAGGACAGCAAGCAUUGGAUGUAUCCUUCAUUUUAUGCGCCUGCAUCGCUGUGAGGGCUGCCUCGCGGCCUGCCGGCCUCCGCGCCGCGCAACGCCGCCUUACGAACUACCGAAAGAGCUUGUCAAGUGCCAGGUGAAACGCGGUCGGAGGUCUCCGCACAAGGUGGGUGUGAAGCUGAACCCCGCGAUGGCGGAUUCCGUGCCCCCAACGCCUCCAACACCUCCAGAUAAUAAUGCGCCACCGAUGCCAUGGUUUGGCAUGGAUAUAGGCGGUACACUCACCAAAUUGGUAUAUUUCGAACCGAGAGAAAAUAAUAGACGGGAACUGGAUAAAGAAACCGAAGUGUUGAAGAAUAUUAGACGAUAUCUGACCAGGAAUUCAGCGUACGGCAAGACUGGAAGACGUGAUGUUCAUUUACAAAUGGAAAACGUGACAAUACGAGGUCGUCGUGGUACACUUCAUUUUAUUAGGUUCCCUACUAGUGAAGUAGGCGCGUUUCUUCAGCUCGCCAGGUCUAAAGGGAUGGCGGAUCUGGUCAACACAAUAUACGCGACCGGUGGAGGCGCGUAUAAGUUUGAAGAGGAUUUUAAAAAGGAAGUGAACAUGCGUCUAUCAAAACUAGAUGAACUGGACGCGUUGAUAGCUGGCGUGUUGUUUGUGGACAGUAUGAAUGCGCAGGAAUGUUAUUACUGGGCACCUCCAAACGAACGCCCAGUGCAUCAGCAGCCCAGCGAUACGCCACCAUACUCGGCAGAAGCCUUAAGCGUUUACGUUCGUAAACCUUUUGACUUUUCCUCGCCCUAUCCCUUCUUGUUGGUUAAUAUCGGAAGUGGUGUCUCCAUGCUGGUGGUCAACGGACCCAAUGAUUACUUCAGGGUCAGCGGUACAAGCCUUGGGGGUGGAACAUUCCUUGGUCUCUGUUGUUUGCUGACCGGCUGCAGCAGCUUCGAGGAAGCCAUAGCAUUAGCAGCAGCUGGUGAUAACACCACUGUUGAUAAGCUUGUCAGAGAUAUUUAUGGUGGAGAUUACGCCAGGUUUGGAUUACCAGGGGAUUUGGUUGCUAGUAGUUUCGGUCAGAUGUGCGCUGCGGAACGCCGUGCGAAGGUAUCCCGUGAAGAUUUAGCUCGAGCAACUUUAGUUACAAUAACUAAUAAUAUUGGCUCUAUCGCCAGAUUGUGUGCCUCCAAUGAAAACAUUGAAAGGGUAGUGUUCUGCGGCAACUUCCUGCGAGUGAACCCGCUCUCAAUGAAGUUAUUGUCAUACGCUAUGAGUUAUUGGUCGCGUGGUGCAUUGAAAGCUUUAUUUUUAGAACACGAAGGUUACUUUGGCGCUGUGGGCUGUUUACUCCAUUUAGAUAUAAACCAUCGCAAAGAGAACAGCCGGCAUUCUGUGGAGACGAGCCAAGCGGACAGGUGAAUUGAGCCUUAAAGCAAUAAUAUAGGGUCCAUAUUGUAUUGACCUCGAAAGCAAUAUUGUAUUGGUCCAAAAGUGACUAAUAUUGUAUUUAACUCAAGGCCAAUAUAGUAUUGGUGCCAGGAGCAAUAUUGUAUUGCCCCAGAGGUACUGUGCUAGUCGAAAACUGUAUAGUACAUUUAUUUGUCGCAAUAUUGCGUUCAUUGUGGGAAUAUUGUAUUGUUCCUAGUGGGAAUAUUGUAUUGGUCUGAAAGGGUUGAUAUAUUGCACUUUAAGCAUUUAUUUGCUAUUGGAUUGUAUGGUUUUUAGUUUAGGUAACUGUAAAUACGGGAAAGGAUAUAAGGUUUUUAUUAUUUUUAUUUAUAUUUUGAUAUUCUUUGAUUU